GAAGUAUGAUUAAAGCCACGGUUUCCUGUCCGGUGCGUCACAUGUAGCAUGGUGGAUGUUAUUAGCUGAUUUGGGGUCAUUUAUCGGCUCCAGCGGCUACGCAGACUGACAGGACAUUUAUCCGUCUGGUGUUUUAUCAGCACUCACUUCAGGGUUGUUUCCAACUUGUUGGAUGGAGCCUGCAUCCAAGUUUGACCUCGGGGUUUGGGAUUCAGGCCAUCCUGCAGGGCAAGAUAAGAAUGGUCAAGUAUUUUUGUAACAGCACAGACAUCAGCAGCAAGUGGGACCAGGUCUUCUCUGCUUUCUGGCAGAGGUACCCUAACCCAUACAGCAACCAUGUUUUAACUGAGGACGUUGUGUACCGGGAGGUGACUGCAGACCAGCAGCUCCUCUCCAGACGCCUCCUGACAAAGACCAAUCGUCUGCCUCGCUGGGCAGAGCGGUUCUUCCCCAGCGGCAUGUCUCGCUGCGUGUACAUCAUCGAGGACUCAAUCGUGGACCCUGUCAACAGAAGCUUGACCAUCUACACCUGGAACCUCAACCACACAACGCUCAUGUCAGUUGAAGAGCGCUGCAUUUUCCGAGACUCCGCUGAGCAGCCAGCCACCACCCUGCUGAAACGGGAAGCGUGGAUAUCUUCCGGCAUUUAUGGUUUCUCUAGACCCAUUCAGGAGUUUGGAUUGGCUCGCUUCAAGAGCAACCAAGUGAAGGCCAUGAAGGGACUGGAAUACGCUCUGUCCAACUUACAGGGGAUUGGCAUCAGAGUGUUGUGGAGAGGCACACCCGCGGCUGCUCAGGGACACCAUGAAGGAUGCAUCGGGAAAGGCCAAAGAAGCAGCCAAGAACCUGGCCUCAGCUGCGGCUGCGACCCCACAGAAACCCCAGCAGUUCAUCUGACAGGAGAGUGAAGUGUCGUGCAGGUGACACCAGAACAACACAAAGUCUGCAUUUUUGGUGGGAUCUCACUUCUCCCUGCGCUGUUGUUCCUCCCUCUGUCUGAAUCUCCGUUCCCCACGAUUUUAUCGACUCUUACUUCUUUCCCACCUCUCCCUGUCGUCUUUUUCCUCUGUUCCUCUCUCUGCUUUUAUCAGUUCUCAGGUCUUGAGCCUUUGUAUGAAACGUCUUGCCUUCGUGUAAACGUUCAGAUCAGCAGCAUGUUUUUUUAAUGCUGUAACGAGGUCCGUGUACAUGCAAAAUGUUUGGCCAACGUGUCUUGGCCACUUGUUUAAUAUUUUACUGGACUCUACUGUUGAAGACUAUUGAAUAAUUAUUUAUUAAUAACCAGUAUCUGUACUUUUAUUUCACUGUAUAUUUCUGCCGCAAUGUUAAAAUUCUUAACAGUCUGACACUUUGGGAUUUCACCAGUUUAUCAAUCACUCAUCAGGUGCUUAACAUAUCAGUUCACAUUAGACCAAGUCUUAUGUGUUUGGAAGAUUUAAUGUUCAACCAUUUUGAAUAAUGGUUCCUUUUCAUUUCUUCAUUAUUUGACAUUUUCUGGGUUUAUCACUAUAGUGAUGUCCCUCUCUGAAACAUAGCACAGAGCCUGUGCUAGUAGAGUCAGCAUGCAGUGUAUAUUCUGUAAUAUAGUGCACAUAAAUAGAAAGUUUAGUGUAAAUGCAGAACCAGAGCAAUGAAAAUCACAAGAUACCAGAGUCACUUGUGUGAAUAAAGACCGACUGAGCAGUUGCCUCCUCUUCGUGCUCAGAUUCAUUCUGCUGUUGUGAUUUAUCUUUAACUGGACGACAGAUUGUUUCAAUCUGCUUGUUGCUGUGAAGCUGAACCGAGGAUGAUGAUGUUAAUUGUACAUUUCAAUGACUGCAUUCCCAUGUAGAAAGAAUUUUAGUAUAUGUAGGUUUUUUUUUAUUUUUGUUUAAUUAUAACGUCAAAUAAUAUUUAUAACAGAAUAGGCUGGAUAAGUUAAAGAUGUAAAAUAUUGUUCAACCAAAUUCCAAAUAUUUGUGUUUUAUUUUUGUCUAAUUGAACUCUAAUAAAAUGUUUAAAGCUA